UCACCUCACCCCACACCCACCCACCCAAUCCACCCUCCACUGCUCUCCCUCCGCUCGUCCCCGCUCGUCCUCCCGCGCCAUGUCCGAGGAGGACGAGGACCAGGCGGGGGCGCCGCCCAAGCGGCCGCGCGCGGCGUCGCCGCCUCCUCCUCCUCCGCCGCCGCCGCCCGACCAGGUGCUCGACAACGUGCUCGAGACGGUGCUGCAGUUCCUCCGGGCCCCGGGCGACCGUGGCGCGGCCUCCCUCGUCUGCCGCUCCUGGCACCGCGCCGAGUCCGCCACCCGCGCCUCCGUCGCCGUCCGCAACAUCCUCGCCGCCUCCCCGGCCCGCGCCGCGCGCCGCUUCCCCAACGCGCACCACAUCCUGCUCAAGGGCCGCCCCCGCUUCGCCGACUUCAACCUCCUGCCCCCCGGCUGGGCCGCCUCCGCCUUCCGCCCCUGGGCCGCCGCCCUCGCCGCCGCCGCCUUCCCCGCGCUCCGCUCCCUCUCCCUCAAGCGCAUCACCGUCACCGACGACGACCUCGACCUCCUCGCCCGCUCCCUCCCGCCCUCCUUCCGCGAGCUCUCCCUCCUCCUCUGCGACGGCUUCUCCUCCCGCGGCCUCGCCUCCCUCGCCUCCCAUUGCAGAGGGCUGCGUGUGCUCGACGUGGUGGACUGCGAGCUCAACGAGGAGGAGGACGACGAGGUGUCGGACUGGGUGGCGGCGUUCCCGCGCGGGCACACCGACCUCGAGUCCCUCUCCUUCGAGUGCUUCACCCCGCAGGUACCCUUCGCCGCGCUCGAGGCUCUCGUGGCGCGCUCGCCGCGCCUCCGCCGCCUGCGCGUCAACCAGCACGUCUCGCUCGGGCAGCUGCGCCGGCUCAUGGCGCUCACGCCCCGCCUCACGCACCUCGGCACGGGCUCGUUCCGGCCAGGGGACGGCGCCGAGGACGAGGGGCUCGACUUCGGCCAGAUGUUGACCGCCUUCGCGGCGGCCGGCCGGGCCAACUCGCUGGUCUCGCUGUCCGGCUUCCGCGAUCUCGCGCCGGAGUACCUGCCGACCAUUGCCACGGUGGCCGCCAACUUAACCAGCAUGGACCUGAGCUACGCCCCUGUCAACCCCGACCAGGUCCUGCUCUUCAUCGGGCAAUGCCGCAGCCUUGAGACGCUAUGGGUGCUCGACUCAGUGCGCGACGAGGGGCUCCAAGCCGUGGCGAUGUGCUGCAAGAAGCUCCAGGUUCUCCGCGUGCUCCCAUUGGACGCGCACGAGGAUGCCGACGAGCUGGUGUCGGAGGUCGGGCUCACCGCCAUCUCCGAGGGCUGCCGUGACCUUCGGUCCAUUCUCUACUUCUGCCAGAGGAUGACCAACGCCGCCGUCAUCUCCAUGUCGCACAACUGCCCUGAGCUGAAGGUGUUCCGGCUGUGCAUAAUGGGGAGGCACCGGCCAGACCACGUGACGGGGGAGCCGAUGGACGAAGGGUUCGGCGCCAUUGUCCGCAACUGCAGCAAGCUCACCAGGCUCUCCACGUCCGGGCACCUGACGGAUCGAGCAUUCGAGUACAUCGGCAACUACGGCAGCUCCCUGCGGACGCUCUCCGUGGCGUUCGCCGGAGACAGUGAUCUGGCGCUGCAGCACAUCCUCCAGGGCUGCUCCAAGCUGGAGAAGCUCGAGAUAAGGGACUGCCCGUUCGGCGACGCCGGCCUGCUCUCCGGCAUGCACCAUUUCUACAACAUGCGGUUCGUCUGGAUGUCGGGCUGCAGCCUGACGCUGCAGGGCUGCCAGGAGGUGGCGCGGCAGCUCCCACGGAUGGUGGUGGAGCUGAUAAACAGCCAGCCUGAGAUCGAGAAGACAGACGGCGUCGACAUCUUAUACAUGUAUCGGUCGCUGGAGGGGCCAAGGGAGGAUGUUCCACCAUUUGUGAAGAUCCUGUGAGAAGAUUAUAGGUGCUUGGCAUCCUCGGUGCAGAUCAAAUGCAUCCCAUGUAGCAAGACAGUAGCACGCCGGAGUCGCAGAUAUGAGAGCAGCAGCAGAGUGUUCGUUCAGCCAUUGUUGUUGUAGUAGCUGUGUAGGGUUCAUAGGUAUUUCCAACAUUUUCUACGAGAAGAUCAUAAGCGCGGCGGAGCAUGCUUCUUCGAGGGGGGGCUUCAUCAAACGCCGCUUCCUCAGUUUUGCUUGCUGCUCCGAGAGGCCGCCUUCUGCUUCGGCAUGGCGGCGAUGGUUUCCCUAAUUUUUUCGAAGCGAAUCUUGUUAUCAUCAUCAGAUUAAAUUCAUUAACACUUCUAUUCCAUGUUCUUGUUUCGCAUGGUUUCCCUUCCAUAGUUCAUUAGUCUGAAUUCUGAAAUAAUUUCUCCUGAAUCGAGCCGUGUUAUUUUUUUGGGA